UUGAUCAUUGAUGUGGAUAUUAACGCAGUUGCUGGCUUCGGAAUCCAGUACUUAAGCUGCGCAACUCCGAAGGGUUGUCAAAGCAUACUUCGCACACCCCUCUCAUCUCUUAUCAGUCCAAGCCUUGUCAAUCUAUCUCUCCCCACUUCUUCUCUUCUCGUCGUCUUCUAUCAGCAGCUCAACAUGUCUUCCGAUCAAUUGCAGGGCGCUAAGGACACCGCUGCUCAGAAGGCCGAGCAGACGAAGAACUUCGGCGAAGAGAAAGCCGGCCAGGCAAAGGACGGCACUCAGGCCAUGGCCCAGGGCACCAAGGACAAGACCAACGAGGCCGGAAAGACCACCAAGGAGAAAACCAUCGAUGGCAAAAACAGCUCAGGAGGAAUGAUGCAGCAGGCUGGAGACAAGGCCAAAGAAACCUUCGAAAACGCCAAGGAGGCCAUGACUGGAGGAAACAAGUGAUCGCCCAAGACUCAGAGGCUCAGCGCUCCAUCCUGCAUACGUGAGAUUUGUUUCUUGUACAGACAUAGUUCACACCGUCUAGAGUCCACGUAUUAGAAGACCAAAACCUUCAAACCUGCAGAUGGCAGGUUCGUCUCUGCAGCAACCCACACUCGUGGACUACAUGACAGAUUCGGGUCUUCUGCUGACCCUUGUAUAAACACAUAUUUGUAUAAACACAUGUUGAAAUAAAAGUGGGUCGUGGUGAACGACCACUCACUUGGAAGCAA